GUCCUCCGCCCGUGAAGCGCACCGCAAGUCGACAACACUCCGCCGAACACUCAUCCACCCAGCGAUCCCCGACUUCGACAAUCACAAUGGGCUCCAACAGACUCACCUUCCGCCGCCGGGUGUCUUACAACACCAAAAGCAACAAGACCCGCAUCAUCAGAACUCCUGGUGGCGAGCUCCGCUACUUGCACAUCAAGAAGCGAGGAACUGCACCCAAGUGUGGUGACUGUGGCAUCAAGCUUGCAGGUGUCCCAGCGCUCCGUCCACGCGAAUACGCCCAAAUCUCCCACCCAAAGAAGACCGUCCAGCGCGCAUACGGUGGCUCGCGCUGCGCCAACUGCGUGAAGGACCGCGUCACUCGCGCUUUCUUGAUCGAGGAGCAAAAGAUUGUCAAGAAGGUCAUGAAGGAGGCUGAGAAGAAGCAGGCCCGCCGAUAGACGUCUCAGCUUUGAUGCUCGGUAGGGAAGGAGGUGUAUGGCGUAGAGGCAGGAAUGGAUGCAUUGACACGACCACAUCGCAUGCAUGGCCAGCUCACAUUUGAAGAAGCUGGGCCAUCAAAAUGGAUGGGAGCACAUGACACGACGCUGCCUGGGCUGACACGCCCACUUGCGUAUCCAAUGCGCUAUACUUGAGCUGCUGAAUGAAAUCCGUUCGGUCAAAAUGAAACAACGCUGUCGCCCCCAAAUCAACGCACCCAUCACUAGUCCCGUUUGCGGAUGCUCACUUCCAGCAGAUUCAUUAUUAUGAUGUUCACAACUCUUGUCGAUAGAGGUCGAGACAAAGUAUACACACUGACGACAGGUCCUUCUCAGCAUUGCGGUAUUCGACGCCUCCAUGGCUACUUCCGUUGUCGAAAGCACGGCAACCGCAAUGCUGUACCCAUCACCCAGGCAAUAUGUCAACAUGCACUUUGCAGUGCAGCGGCUGCCUCUCCUCUCCACAACUUCCGCUCGUUACUGCAAAUGGACCACAACCAGAACUGCACAGGCAGGAACCCACUGCGCC